AACAGAAGAAGAAGAAGAAGAGGAGGAGGAGGAGGAGGAGGAGGAAGAAGAAGAAGAAGAAGAAGAAGAAGAAGAAGAAGAAGAAGAAGAAGAAGAAGCAGCCUCAGCGACGGGUUGUUCCUUAAAACGAAGACCGACAGGUGGUCUGUCCCGGUCCACGUGGUCACGUGGUCCUCCCCCGUGCUUGGACAGUGCGUUCAGACCUGACCGGAGGAGCGAUGACGGAGUUCCAGGAGAAGCUCCGUCAGCAGCACGAGGAGUCGAUGCACCGCGAGCUGGAGGCGCUGCUCGCCACCGCCAACGAGGCGGAGGCGGAGAUCUCCAGAAAGGACUUCGAUGGCUUCAAGAAGCUCUUCCACAGAUUCCUGCAGGUCAAAGGUCCCGCGGUCGACUGGGCCAAGAUCAACCGGCCGCCGGAGGACUCGAUCUGGCCCUAUGAGAGGAUCAGGAUGGACGGUCUCCCUGACGACGUCACCGCCAGCCUCAACAAGCUGGCGGUGGUGAAGCUGAACGGCGGACUGGGAACCAGUAUGGGCUGCAAGGGCCCCAAGAGCCUGAUCAGCGUCCGCAACGAGAACACCUUCCUGGACCUCACGGUGCAGCAGAUCGAGCAUCUGAACAAAACCUUUGAUGCCGACGUUCCACUCGUCCUCAUGAAUUCUUUCAACACGGACGAGGACACAAAGAAAAUCCUCCAGAAGUACAAACACCACCGAGUCCACAUCCACACCUUCAACCAGAGCAGGUACCCGAGGAUCAACAAGGAGUCGCUGCUGCCCAUCGCCGCGAGCAUGGGGAGGGGCGACGGCGAGGCCUGGUACCCGCCGGGCCACGGCGACGUCUACGCCAGCUUCGCCAACUGCGGGCUGCUGGACCGGCUGCUCGCCGAGGGGAAGGAGUACAUCUUCGUGUCCAACAUCGACAACCUGGGCGCCACCGUGGACCUCUCCAUCCUGCAGCACCUCGUGAGCCGGCCGGCCGACCGGCGCUGCGAGUUCAUCAUGGAGGUCACCGACAAGACCCGGGCCGACGUCAAGGGCGGCACGCUGAUCCAGUACGAGGACCGCCUGAGGCUGCUGGAGAUCGCCCAGGUGCCGAAGGCGCACGCCGACGAGUUCAAGUCCGUCACCAAGUUCAAGAUCUUCAACACCAACAACCUGUGGAUCUCGCUGCCCGCCGUCAAGCGGCUGCAGGAGAAGAACGCCAUGGACCUGGAGAUCAUCGUCAACCCCAAGACGCUGGACGGCGGCCUGAACGUCAUCCAGCUGGAGACGGCCGUGGGCGCCGCCAUCAAGAGCUUCAACAACGCCAUGGGCGUGAACGUGCCCCGCAGCCGCUUCCUGCCGGUGAAGACGUCGUCCGACCUGCUGCUGGUGAUGUCCAACCUGUACAGCAUGGACGCCGGCUCGCUCACCAUGAGCAAGAGGCGCGAGUUCCCCAGCACGCCGCACGUGAAGCUGGGCGGCUCCUUCACCAAGGUUCAGGAGUUCCUCUCCCGGUUCGAGAGCAUCCCGGACAUGUUGGAGCUCGACCACCUCACCGUGUCGGGAGACGUCACCUUCGGGAAGAACGUCUCUCUGAAGGGAACCGUCAUCAUCAUCGCCAAUCACGGAGACCGGAUCGAUAUUCCCGCCGGAGCGAUGCUGGAGAACAAGAUCGUCUCCGGAAACCUGCGAAUCCUCGACCACUGAUGCAUUCUGGGAAAACAAAAACAACAGCAGCCCACGAAAAGAAAGGAGAGAAGACACUUAGAGAGAGAUUCUCAAGUUUCUUUUUGGACGUUUUUCAAUGUACCGCUAACCCUAAAGGGUCAAAGGUCAACCUCCUCAAGGGUCAAAGGUCAACACGAGUCUCCUCGUGUCCUCUGAUGCACGACUUUAUGAUGAUUUCUUUUAAUUAGUUUUUAAGGUUUUUAAAAUGGAGCUCAGUUGGAUUUCUUCUUCUCAAUGGUUGAAAAUGUUUGGUUUUCAAAAUAAAAGUCUCCAGAAA